GUUCCCAUCCCAUCCCAGUGAACGUCAUUCUUGCAUUGGAAACAUUCAUCAUGGCGACCCCCACAACCUUGAAUGUUGGUGAGCCCGCUGAUGAAAGAUCGGUUGAUGCAGAAAAUGUCCCUGAUGCUGCACAAAGUUCCAGUAGUGGUGAUCAAGAAAAGAUCUACAAUGAACCCCCACCUAUAACAGACUUCUUUGCAUUUUCAUCACUCGCUGACGAAGACGAAAUUCAGAUGCGCCGGUAUCCCUACAACAGAAACUACGACGACGAUGCCAAAGGAGAUUCGGAUGGGGACAGUUCCAUUGAUAAUUUCUGGCGAAUGUUCCCAGAGUUCCAAAUAAGGGCCAGCGAUGUGUGCUUUAAGAUCACACCAGCAAUAGGAGCAGUAUGCUAUGAAUAUUUUUCUUUGUCUGUUAUGGAUCCACAAUGGUUUAGCCGAGCAUUUGGAAACUCUGAGAGUAUGGUCAAGAACAUAGUGUGGUUCCAUGCACACAUGGGGGCUGGCCUGUACCUCUAUUCAAGACGACACAUCAGAAAGGUCCACCCUGUGUCCAGAGGCAUUUUUUACAGCAUGUUCGGAUCCAUUCUCUUUAACUUUGGCUCCCUGCUGCUGUGGGGUUGGGGGCGUUCUAUCCUGCCGCAGUCCCCAGCCCUCCGCUCCGUUUGUGGCCUCCUGUCGGGGGGCGCUCUCCUCUAUGCAGCACAGGACUACCUACAGCAUGUGGACAGUUCCUGCUCAGAACUGGACUGAGUGAGCAAGGGGAGCGAGUUAUUUGUCAAAAGAAAGCGUUCUGUGUGAGGUGCAGUUUAAUGCUGUAUAAAGUGAAAUGAUAGGGUCUUAUGAGUGACUUUUGUAAUAGAAGUAAUAUUAUUUAUUAUGGCCUCAGCAUGAUCAAACCGUAGGUUGUACUUAAUUAAUAGUCAGGUAGGUAUUUUUUCACCUGGUGAAGUAUCAGAAUAAUUUACAAAUCUGUUCUUGUUUUUUUCAUAAAGUAGCUCAUAAAUUGUGUAACAAAUUGUGUAGUUCAUGGUUUACUUGUGUACAAUGUGAUCAUCACAUCCAAUAAAUUUUUCAGUUUCAGAAUUGUCUUUCUCUCAAUCUUGAUAGAGAAAUAUUUUUCACAACAGACCUGGGUGCAAUACAGUGUCUCAAUUACGAUUCAGUGCCUGGGGUUUUUACUUAUUGUCAUGGUGUAGCCAAUAUGGCCUAACUCAUUUUUUUGCUCUUGUUUGAGAUUGAGAAAAAACCAAUUUGUUAUUUUAUAAUAUAUGCAGUGGAGUCAGGUUAACCUGAACAUGAUUACUCUGAAAACGUCGGUAAACCACAAGAAAAUUAAAUCCCUGAUUUUUUUUUUCUAUUUGAGCAACCCCUCUAAAGCGAAAACCCAGCCAAACUGAAGAAAUCAAGCCCUCUGACAGAUUUUUUUUCAAUUGGACUCAACUGUACUUUUUACUUUUGAAAUUGAUAUGUCUAAAUAUAGGAUAACGAACCACCUUUUUGAAAAAUUUUAAUACUAAAUGAUGCACCGUGACUAGGGGAGUAACAAAAUGGUUUCAUUCCUUUAUGACCCAAUCUGACUUAAGCCGUGGUGGCAGCACCAUAACAUUAUGUUGACGACGAUGUUUUUGUACCUCUGCCAACUGUCCUUGCCUAUUUAAAUAAGCUGUAGGAAAUGAAAAUAACCUGCGUUUUCCUCAGUCCUGUCCCCAUCGUUUUAUGCAAAAAAAAUUCUGAAAUUAUGCAAGCUGAGCCCAAAAAUGUGUAAUAAUGCGGUUCUGUUAAUUUUAAUAAAGAAUGAUAAAGGAAAAUAAUCAGAAAUUGUGCAAAAAAUAAUCAAAUUUUUCUAAAUUAUGCGGGGACAGUCAGUCAGUGGUUCAUUGUUUCAGGACAUUUCAAAUUUAGCUGUGUUGUUGAAAAGGAAGGGGUUCUUAAAUUUUUCCCUUUGUUGAAUCUAAGAUGUCAUUGAUUCUUACGUAAUUCAAUACAAGGUUCCCUGUACUAUGUCUUAUAUUUAGGAACUGCCAUGUCCAUCCAUUUAAGGCACUAUGGAAUGCCAUUCUGAUUUUUCUCUGUGUCUCUUUCUUCUCUGGUCAGCACCUGUCAGGAUUCCUUAAUUCACUGUGUGCAAGACUUGUCAGCAUUGAAACCUAAACUUGUCCUCAUGCUGUGAUUUCAGCUAAACUGACACAGAUUACUAUCUAUUACUAUAGGCUAUUCAAAAUGAACCGUGUUAUAGUGUAUUUUUAAAUUAAGAUGUAUAUAUACUAUACAUGUACCUUCUUUUCCUUUUUUUUUUUUUUUGCAGUUACUUAUUGUUAAUGGUUUUUAAAGGAUCCGCUUCCUAAUUGUGGAAUUUAUGCAUCUUAUUUGCAUAACAAUGAAAAUCUGAGAAAUAGUUAUAAAGUGAAAAUUUUUAACAAUUGAAAGAAAAACCCGCUCUCCAUUGGCCAAAAUGGAAAAGGAGCUGUUUUGUACAUAAGAUGGAAGGUCACUUCUUUGAGUGGCAAAGUCAUUCUGUUACUCUUGUGAGUACUAUCUGAGGAUUCAUUUGUUUAAACUUGUCUUGUACUGUUGCCUAUUUUUACAUCCGAUGGUUAAAAAGUAAGUGAGAAGUGGGAUCAGUAUAGUUUGAGGACAUUGAAAUACAGAGAAAAGUUGUCAUUCAAAAAGCAAGUUUGAUAUUAUAAAUUCCAGCCUUUUACCCCUUGGAUUCAUUAUUCUCAUGCUUUAAAAGUUUUUAAUUUUUGCAUGUCUGUUACUGCUCAUCAUGUGUGUAUAUGUAUGAAUAUUGUUUUAUUUCUACACAUUGAGAUUAUUCACAAUAUUUUGUCUAUCUUAUUGAUCUGCUGAAAGCUGCUUUUUAUCAAGCUUUUCCCCAGAAAUAAGUUCUCUAGUUUUUCUAGUGAAAGUUAUAAGUAGGUACCCAGCCUUUUCCUCCAGACAAUGCCCCCACUUUGUUCAGGAUUCUUGCCUCUACCUUUGGGCUUGAACAGUGCUGACAUACAACCAAGUAAUACAUCCAAUAUAAUUUUAUCUUACGACAUAGUUGUUAUGAGGUGGAAUCUCUUUUUAUAAAUGUCCAGUUUUGUAAUCAAAGCCAUUAAGUGUUCUGCAGUUUUCCAUAUUUUUAUCAUAUCUUUUAGGUGUAUCAAAAACUAUGUGUAUUUUUGUGCUAGUCAGUGUUCUAUUUUCUUUCUUCUUUGUACUUUAAGCUCUUGGAAACUGUCAGCACUUUUAACUGUCUCAGUGCACUGUCAGAUUUUUUAUUUCCCUGAUCAACCUUCUUAGAAACUUUUUGGGGCAUUUUCUAGUAUUACUUUAUUACCUUGAACUUACAUGGGCCUACUGUAGCACAGUUGCCUAUUUGUUGUUGUUGUUACAUUUAUUUACAAUUGCAAUACAGUCGAAAGAAUGUAUGGUCUGUAGUCAAAUCACAUGGUAAGGUCUCUCCCAAUUAAGCAUCUUUUUUUCUUGUCAUGUAGCAAAAGAAAAGCUUUAAGAUAUAAUCAGAAUCAACACGGAGUGAUUUAAUAGGCCAGGACACAUUGCUCUCUCAGUUCAGUGCACAGUCACAGGAGUGAAGUUCUGUUUCAGACAUGUACUGUAUAUUUGGUUGCAUGUAUCAUAUUAGAAGGGAGAUGCAGACGACACAAAAUCUGGACUCAUCCUCUGAAAGCUGUUAGUGUUAGUAUUAGUGGCUCCUUUUACUACACCGAUUAAGAAUUCUGUUCUGAUAGGUCAUUUGAUGAUAUUACAUGGAAUCCAGGUCUUUAAUAAUCACCCACUGAAGCUUUAUUGGCUAUUGAUUUUAAAGAGGCCUUAGCCUUUAGUUAUGAUCUUUAUUAUAAUAGCCAUCCACUGUUAUAUAUAUAUGCGUAUUUUCGUCAUCAUGUUUUUACUUUUCAGUUUGCAAAACUCUGUGUGUUCAUUUCUUUGUGCAGGUCAAAUGAUUUACGCGUUGACUUGAACAGUGUUUUUAUUAAACUACUUAUGAUUAUUUCUUU